AUGGCCUCCACAAAUGGUCACACCAACGGCAGAUCGACGAAACAGCCUGAACCACUGGACUGGACAACCUUCUCCAACGUCAUCAAUGGCAAGCUAGAAAGUACGCAGAAGACAAGGCAUGGCAUCCUCCCCGCUACAGGCGAGAAUGGGCCAGAAGUGCCACUCACGACACCAGACGAUGUAGAGCGUGCGAUGACUGCAGCACAAGCUGCAUUUAUCACCUGGGCAGAAGUCCCAUAUGCCGAGCGACGAGCCGCAGUGAUCGCAUACGCAGAUGCUAUUGCCUCUGAGAAGGAAUCUUUCUCUCAGAUGCUCACCAAGGAGCAAGGAAAGCCGCUAAAGUUCGCAGCCAUGGAGCUGGAUUUGACCGUCCACUGGAUGAAGACCAUUGCGAACCUCGAGCUACCCGAGGAGAGAAUCGUGGAAGGCGACAGAGAGAUACUCGUGAGAUACACGCCUCUGGGUAUCACGGUUGGAAUUGUGCCUUGGAAUUAUCCGAUUUUGCUGGCAGCCGCGAAAAUCGCCCCUUGCGUUGUGACGGGUAAUCCUAUCAUCAUCAAACCGUCUCCAUUCACACCAGCCGGUGAUUUGAAGCUGGUUGAGCUGGCGCAGAGGUUCUUCCCACCCGGUGUCGUACAGUGUCUGUCUGGCGAUGAUAAUCUUGGACCAUGGCUUACUGCACAUCCCGUUCCAGCAAAGAUCAGUUUCACUGGAUCCACAUUCACGGGGAAGAAGGUCAUGGAGUCCGCUGCGAAGACUUUGAAACGCGUGACGCUUGAAUUAGGCGGGAACGAUCCUGCGAUUGUUUUGGAAGACGUUGAUAUCGAUGAUGUUGCACCCAAGGUUGCUUCAUUGGCGUUUUUGAACUCCGGGCAGAUUUGCCUAGCUCUCAAGCGAGUCAUCGUGCAGGAAAGUAUCGCAGAUAAAUUCCUGGCAGCGAUGGUUAAGGCGACGCAAGAGCUGAAGGUUGGACCGGGCACUGAUCCUGAAGUCUUCCUUGGACCCAUCCAGAACUCCAUGCAGUAUGAGCGAGUGAAAGGUUUCUUCGCAGACAUUGAAAAGGAGAAUUGGAAGGUAGCAGUGGGCGGCACCAACCCAGAUGGACCAGGCUACUUCAUCACCCCCACGAUCAUCGAUCGACCGAAGGAUGAUUCUCGUAUCGUCACGGAAGAGCCAUUUGGUCCAAUCGUGCCACUACUCACAUUCAAGACUGAGGAAGAGGCAAUUAGAAAAGCCAAUGACACCCAAAUGGGUCUCGGAGCAUCAGUGUGGUCCGGGGAUUUGGACCGUGCUAAUCGACUUGCCCAGAAGAUCCAGGCAGGCACGGUCUGGGUCAAUACACACUUCGAACUCGAUCCCCGAGUGCCGUUUGGUGGCCACAAGCAAAGCGGGAACGGAAGUUAUGAAUGGGGAGUUCCGGGUCUAAUCUCGUUCUGUAACAGCCAGACGCUGUUCUUGAAGAAGAAUCCGACAAAGUUGUGA